GAUAAAAGGGGUCAGAGCCCGUUUAUAUAUCACGAAAAAACAAUCAAAAAUCGCUCAAACGCUUCCUCUACGUGAGUUAUCAUACAAAAUACCGAAUCAACAAAAUAACAACAAAGUGACUCCCCGCCUUGACUCACACAAAAGAACGAGUCACAACUCAUUUGGCAAAUGUCAUAUUGCGGCCUCGCUAAUUCACAAGGCUCGAUUUCAUAUUUUUCACAAGUGCGCAUCUGGUGAACUUGUCUACGCACAUGCGCAGUUAGACCACGCGUUUUGGCUCUUGUGAAAAGACACAACGAAUGGAAUAGCGGCGUGGAGCAGCUUCAUGUAGAACGAGAGAUGUUAUAGGUGGUUUACACUUACUGUACACCUAAAUAUGCGUAUGGACCGACUUAGUUGAAAUCUACCGGUCAAUAAGAGGAUUAUAGCUCGUCGAAAAUUGAAUCAGUGACGGUACUGAAUGGUUGCUACAUGAUGUUUUAACGGAGGUAUCAGCACUUCCAUAAAGUGUUUUGCUAUGUUCCUCUCAAGCUUGUCAUCCCUCGAGAUCGGUCUACUUGCCGGAGGCGCCGCCAUUUUGCUGGCGGUGAUCUUUGUUCUCGUCAUUCUACUCUGCAGACAAAAACGAGAAAACAAAAAGUCACAAGCAAAAAGUCCYCGUCAAAAGCGACGACUUCAACACGCUGGUCACCACCACUCGACCAUAGACCUACCUCCUCUCGUCUACAUGGACGGGAUCGGCGCRAGCAAGACAAACAUCAUGGGAAUGAUAGAAAACCCCCUUAAUUCCUUCCCCACUGCCGACAACACCAUGGGAAGCCAGGGGAGUACCCUUAGGAGCCCUGAAUGGAAAAGUUUUGACUCUCUCGGGGUCCCACGAAGUCCUCGCGAGUUUAUGUACUACAUGAGGAACUUGGAACACUCACGAAGCAACAGCCCUGCAACACCACGAAGGUUAAGUGAUAACAACUCGGAGAGUGAUUCGGGAAUCUACGACAUCAAAAUGUUUUCGCCGAGUUACAAAGAYUCCAAAUCCAAGACCACUGGAAGUGAAGGAAAAACUUCUCGAAACGAAAGAAAAGCAUCGAGUGGAAGUGAAAGGAAGACUUCCGGCGGAAGUGAAAGGAAAACUUCCGGCGGAAGUGAAAGGAAGACUUCCGGUGCAUUACGUCAUCCUGCUUACCGAGAAAUGAUGCAAGGAAACUCUUUCCACGUKGUAUGCACCACGCCCUGUACSGAUAUGUCUGAUAGUGACUCAGAGCCUGAGCCUGAAAUCAGCAGCCCUAAAGCAAGAUUAAAGUUUACUACCAUCAUGGAGGAGCAUGGAGGCAGUACGUCGAGCGCGCUGAAUAUCAUAAGUAGAACUGAAAUGCCUCCUACGUAUCAAGAGAGCAAGCAAGCGAGAUUGAAACUGCCAAUUAUAGACCUUGACGAGAAACUGUAAAAAGACGCAAUGACAUAUGGGUUAUUGAAGCAACUUGUAUGUUAUGAUACAAAAAUAACUGUCUAUCAACAAAGAAGGUUAAACAAAUGAGAAAUCUCAACUGAGAGAAAAACUAUUAAAAGGAAACUGGAGGACACUUGCUCAUUUGGAAAGGGCAGUGAACGAACCCUGGACAUUGAUAGAUACCUUUAUUACGCUUAGAACAAUUGUUCCAAUGCAUCUCGUGUUGGUCUCCUGGCCUCUUACCUCGAUUAAAAUGGAGAAGAAUUGAGAAGACGACUAUAUACUUCACAAGUACAUUCUUUCAAUCAUCAAAUUUCAGUUGUACUUAAUGAAGAGUCGCUGAGAAACUUCAGAGAUGUUCUUAUACAUGUUCUAGAUAUUUAAUAAUCAUUCAUGAAGACGACCAUAUAUCAGUAAUCGACGACUAUCGAGGCACGUCGAAGAUUGAAAACAAGGAUAUUUUCACGCUAUCUUCACCUGAACAAAGCUUUGGAAAACACAGAUUUACGCUGUGGGCGGCGUAAAUGGAUAACAAAGAGUUGACAAGAAGAUUUAUGACCAAAUAUACCCAGACUUGAGCACCAUGUUUUUUAUGACCAUUACUCAAGAAUUGAACUACUUUAUGGCGACGAAAAGAUAAUAUGACAACAAAGAGAAAGAGACAAGAAUGAGAAGAAACAAAAUGAAAUACUAAAAAAAGAAAGAAAUGAGAAAAAAAUAUAAAAAACAUUACCAAAUGGCAAAAAACAUAUGUUGGCAGGAAUCAAUGAAAAAACAAAGCAUAACAUAAAAUCAUUAAAUAUGCUCGAGAAGAGUUAACUAUGAAGUAGAAUAGCCACGACUACUUCAAUUUUGGCAUAGAAAACAAAAGUAUUUCCGGAAUUAUUCUAGUUGACAAAAAAAUAAUUCAAGAACUGACAAAGACGUUUGAAUUAUUCUAGUUGACAAAAACUUUUGCAUCCUACUAGUUUGUACUAGAAAAUUGCGCGCAAGUAUCUGAAUAAUGUAGACCUUUCCCCCGUAGAGUAAGCACAAAAAAAACAGUUCAACAUUACCCUUUUCCUGACAUAGCAGUUUGCAUUGCAUGGUGGUCUAGAUUUGUUACACAUAUCUUUUGUUCAUGCUGCUGUUUSUACUGAAGCUAGACCAGAAUGCAACAAUGGUUUAUGUUAAGCAAUGGGUUUCAAUGGUUUCAAUGCAUAAUAUAUACAAAUGUCGCUGGUUAUUCGUGUGUAUAAAGAUAUUUAAUUGUAUUAUAGCGAAGUCUUACGAGUAUGGAGUUUUGUUAUUGCUUUUGCUUUUAAUAAAAACAUGAAAAUUUCAAAUUA